AUGUCAUCCUCCAACGGCCGCGUACAAGACAUUUUUGGGCCCAACUCGCCCUGCAGCCUCAACAACUGCCCGGUCGAGUGGUCUAUGCUUGGCUACCGGCCGUCGCUGGCCGCCAACGUUGUAUUCCUGGUUCUCUUUGCGGCCGUUGGCGCCGUGCACGCAUAUCUGGGCGUGCGCUGGCGCAGCUGGGGCUUUGCCGCGGGCAUGCUGCUGGGCUGCGUCACGGAGAUUCUGGGCUACGUGGGCCGCAUAAUGAUGUGGCACAAUCCAUUUUCAUAUUACGGCUUCAUGAUUCAAAUAAUCUGCCUCACGAUUGCGCCCGUCUUCUUCACCGCGUCCAUCUACGUCACCCUCUCCAAGACGAUAUUAUACUUUGCGCCUCAACUCUCGCGCUUCAAGCCGCAGCUCUUUUACUGGGUCUUUAUCCCCUUUGACGUUGUCUGCCUCAUCCUGCAAGCCAUCGGCGGCGCCCUGUCCACAACCGAGCGCGACGGCAAGCGCACCGGCGUCGACAUUUCCAUGGCCGGUCUCAUUCUACAAGUCGUCGUCAUUGUCAUCUUCAUGGCCGCCUAUUUCGACUACAUGGUGCGGCUGGCGCGCUCGGGCCGCGCGCGCGCCGAGCUCACAGCCUGGCGGAGCGUCGCCUUUUUUGCCGGCCUGGUGGCCGCGUGCGUCUUUAUCCUUACCCGCUGCUCGUUUCGUGUCGCGGAGCUCAAGGAUGGCUACACGGGCGAGCUGUUCCGCGAAGAGGUGCUGUUCAUCGUGCUCGAGGGCGUCAUGGUUGUGAUUGCGAGCAUCGCGCUCAUGUUUGGCAACCCGGGCCUGGUGUUUGACAAGUCAACCGCUGAAAAUGGCGACGCGACGCGCAAGAAGCCCGGCCACUCGGACAGCGACGAUGGCGCUAUGGCGAUGGGAGGUUAUGAUGGUGCAGGCCGUUCCGGGAAAGAGCGCGUCUAA